AAGUAACUUUUACUUCUUUUUUUGCAGGAUAUAUGAGCUUGUUUUAAAUAAAUAAUUCCUUGAUAUUGAUGAAAAAGUUCUAGCUCCACUGGCAGAUUAUUUCCCAUUUAAUUAGCGAUUCUUCAAUAUGAAGGAAUUAUUCACUUAAAACAAGCUCCUACAUCUUACUGAAAGGUUACUUGUAAGUUAGUUUUGUUUCGUUUCAAGAUAUUAGCACUAGAAACUAGACCAAAAAUACUUGCUAACCUUUUGUGCUUUUGCAAUGUGUCUACACUACUUACAGUUACUGUAGGUUAAUACAAUUAACAGAUCGCCUCUCUUUGCUCGGUGCAACUCCUGCGCACAGUUUUUGUGGCAUCUGCUGCAGAUGUCAGAGGUUUCCUUUUUUAGCACAGCCUCUCCCGGUCAGCGUGCUGCACUUUUGGUUUCUGAUGACUCCGUUUACCGUCUGCCUUGAUGACUGAAGCUACAUGUUGACUUUUUAUGAAAAAGUACUUGGUAACAUUUUGUAGUUUGAAUGUAUUCUUGCUUGCUUUCACAGAACAGCGGGUGCUGAUGCAGCCCGACAUCAACCGUUAGUCACUCUCUUAGGAGGCUGAAUUCACAAGCACUCCACACCGUUCAGAUUUAAAUUUGUUAAAAAAGCGAAAAGAAAAAUACAAGUCGAAGAUGAUGAAUAUUUUUUCUAUCUCUUCAUAGUUAUGAUGUACAUGGUUUUGGUCUAUCACAUAGCUUUCUAAACAAAAUUCAUUGAACUUUCUGACUGUACUAUGAACAAUAAAUAAGAAAAAAAAAAGUCUUUUUCUCCCCUUGUAUUGAAAUACUUCAGCGUAGCGGCGCUGGCUGCCCAGAGCGUGAGUCAGUUUGUGUGUCGCAGCGAGGCGAGCAGGCAGCUGGAGUGGGUGCUGCUGGAUGCUCACUUCGCCCUGCUGCAGAAACUGAUCCAGCAGGGCAAGCGGCAGGCGAAGGCGGACGUCGACAUGCAGGCCCUGGUGGCGAAGAGGUGCCAGGCCCUCACCGCUCUCAUCUGCCUGACAACCAUCUCUCCUUGCCAAGAGCUGCUGGACAUGCAAGAGAGAACGUGCCAGCUGGCGGUGAUUACGUCUCCGCGGGACAGCCGAGCUCUGUGUCACCUCGGAGUGGCCCAGCUGGCUCAGUACGAUAGCAACCCAAACUCAGACAGGUCAAAUGAGGUCCUGAGCGACGCCUGCCUCAGCUUCCAGGCCAGCAUCGAGCUGGAAGACAAACCUCAGAGCGGAGAUCCACCUGAACCGCUGGGCAAACAGAAGUGGUGGCAGCAGCACCUGGAGGUUAAAAAGAAGGCAGCCGCGAAGGCCAGCCCUAAAACAGCCCAAGCUUCAGUUUGCAAGACCGUCCCAAUUAGGGACGCCAAGCUGGGCAGAGGAGGUCCGAUUCAGGGACAGGCCCCUGGGUCCGGACCUCCGCCGGUUGCCCCUGCGGCCCCUGUCAAAGGAGGGAAGGUGCUUCAACCUCCAGCUAGAACUCCUCCAGUCAAGGGGAGACCUGGUGCAGCUAUUAAACCAGAUGCAGCAGCGAAACCUGGCAGCGACGAUACCAAAGCCAAGCUCCCUGCUGGCAAGCCUGAACAGGAUUCUGGUCCCGAGACUGUUGAGACUGCAGAGGUCCCUCCAGUAGAAAACACAGCCAGCGCGUCGGGCCCAUUGAACCCCAGGUCUCAUGUAUCACGGCUCGGUCUGGCUCGGGCCUUCUCACGCUCUGCAGACACCCAGGAUCAGGCGAAGCUCUUCUACAGAGAGGUCAUCGCCAUGGCGCCGGGGAUCCACGAAGCGUACAUCGAGCUCGUGAAGCUGGUGGAGCCCCUGGACCCGGAGGCUGCGCUGGACGUGUACUGCGGGUUCCCUCUGAAGGACGUGGCCGAGCAGAGCUUCGACGACGCCUUCAUCACCGGGGAGAUCGUCCGCCUGCUGAUGUCACAGCAGCUGUUCGACCACCCACAGCUGGGCCCCAGUCUCGUCGCAUACGGCAAAGUCAUGGGGCUGAGCGUCAUAGAGAAGUACAUCGACAUUCUGGACGAAAAGUCAAAGACGUCGCUGCUGAAGAGCGUCUACGCAAAAAUCAACAACCGACAGGAGGACGACCCGGAUCUGCAGGACUUCUUCAGAUUCAAAUGCUGGAUCUGACCAGCGUUUUCCUUUCCCUCUCAGGCUGCCUUGUUCUUUGUGUUUAUGAAGACGUUUUUAUUUAACUGUGAUGUCAUAUUUUUGUCCUGUUGCACAGAAGAUAUGGGUAAAUCUCUCUUUCUUUUUACAGAACACUUUUAAUCUGGAAACGGUUUUCAUUGGAAAAAGAAAAAGUCAUGUUAGAACACAGAACUAACAAAAUACAAAAUGUACAUGGAUCGCUGGAUGGAAGACGGGAAUUUUAGCGAGAAUAAAUCUUCACCUUGA